UUGUAUAGAUAAGGCUCCAAUUCCAAUUACUUGCUUUAUUCCACGUAUUGACGUCUCUCACAAAGAGUGAAGAGACAAAGAAAUGGCGGAAGCUGGGCGCCUUGUGACAACAACAAGAAAUAUAAACUCCAUUUCAAGUUCAUUCAACAAACCUGCACCUAAAUCUUUAACUCAAACAUUCAAAAUCAAAGCUUCUUCAAAGAGAAAUGACAUCUCCUUGAGAAGAAGCAACAAAACAACAAGGCGUCUAAUCACAAUAUCAACAUCAGGAAGCAGAUGGCAAGGGAAAUGGACCUGUGAUUACCUGCUUUCGCUGCGAGACCUCAACUUAGAAGACUUGGUAGAAGAUGAACACAAAAAUGCACACGUCUUCAUCAACCUCUGUAUUGAGAAGCAUGCAAGUUUCGGGUUCACCGUGGAUGGAAGGAUCAACACAUCAUUCACUCGAAAGUGUUGUACCUGUUCUUUGCCAUACUGUAGAGAGAUCAAAGCAAAUUUUAAUGUAUUGGUUCUGUCAUCAAACAGAGCCAACAGGGAGAUUCACCUUCCAGAUAUUGGAGGCGAUGAUCCUUCGGUAAUCUACGUUAAACCCGGGCUUGAAGCCGAUCUAGAUUCAUUGGUACGUGACACAAUUAGGCUUACCACCUCAACCAAGGACACUUGCUCAGAGUCGUGUGAGAAAUCUCAACCCACAGUGCAAUAUAUUGGGGCACAGAACGCUGCAUCUAUAGACAAGAGGUGGUUCAGGCUUUUGGAGCUUAGAAAAUCUAAAGCAUAGAUAACAAGCAAUAUGUAUAUAUAUUGAUGGUUGCUCAUAUAGGCAUUCGAAAACAUGACUGGCCAUUGGUAAAAUUUAAAUUGUUUAUCAGUUUCUAAGUCAAUAUCAAAAUGGAAAAGUGGUUUUCAUCUGCAACUAAAA